GUUUCCUCCAACUCUUACCUUCAUGGACAGCCCAGCUUUGCCCCCAGAAUUGUCAAGAUCGAUUCUCGACUGGGACGAGUCCAACGUCCACCUCUUUCUCUCCCAUCUCGGCUUCAACCAGUACGAGGCUCGACUCAGAGAACACGGUAUCAGCGGCGAUGUACUCUGCAUCAUAGAUGCAGAUGGUCUCAAAGAUCUUGGUAUAUCCUCCGUUGGCCAACGACUAGCAAUCCUGAAGGCCGUAUACCACACCAAACUUGCGCAGAAUGUUCCCAUCGAAGCAGACCACUAUAUCCCUCCUUCCGAGAGCGAUGAUGUACUCCAGAAUCUUUCUAUGGAUAAACUAUACGACCUCAUACGCGAUCAAGGUGACCGACUACGAUCUCUCGAGCACGAAAACGAUCGACUAUCGCAGGUAUUUGAUGAUUGGAGCUCAGUCAGGAACUCUCAGUCCCGACUCGAGGAUAGUCCAAUAGCUCGACAAACGUCUUUCAAAUGGGCAAACUUUGUCAAACCUCAGGGCUCGCCCACCAAGCCUGAACUCAUCGAAUCACCCCAUCCUUCGCCCCACCGCCUCGAACACGAUCUUUCCUAUAAUCCCACAGCCACUCCCAAUUUGAGCCGAACAGCGAUGAUGAACGGCUCGUCCUCACUUUCUCAACAAUCAGCGACAUUACAAACCACAGCGCCCCUACAACCUAGACGUAACGGCACGGUUGACAACAGUUUAGCCAGUACGAGUGCAGGAGGGGCAUCAGUCAAUGCAAAUGCAAGCGGGAGCACAUUAGCCGCUCCUACUCCGCCAAAACCGGUGAGACAAGAGAGUACGGACAAUCUGAAGAGCUUCAAGGUCAGCUUGGAGGAUCCUGCCUGGAAAGUCCUCCCAGCAGCGUUGCGCAAGUACAAAAUCAACAACGACGACUGGCAGAAUUAUGCUAUGUUCAUCUGUUACGGUCCUCCCAGUGCUCGGGUAGAGCGUUGUCUGAGCUAUGACGAAAAACCACUUCUACUUUUCCAGAAACUCAAGGACGCACAGAAGAACCCCGUCUUCAUGCUCAAACACAUCAAAGAUAUUCGCUCGCCCAUCGCCGUCGCCCAACAGAAACAAGCCGCUCGCAAAGCCUCAGGCGACUCCAACGGCUCAAAGAAAACCCCCACGAACCACUCCCGAACACUCUCCCGACCACCAAGAUUGCAAGUCCACGCCGCAGAAGCAGCUGCCAGCCAUGGUGGUUCAGGCAUGGGGCCUGGCUCACCUGAUGUGAUGUCGCCUGCUGUGGACCAUGGUGGGAACUUGUUGUCAGCGGACAGAAGUGGCAGGAUGGGGUUGCAGGAUCGAUCUCCGAGCACUGGAGAGUCGCCGCGGUCGGCCGUACCGGGGACGAAUUUGACAGGACUGCCUACCCCAGGAGAGGAUCCCAAUGCGGGAGGAACACCGGCGAGGGAAGUGCCAGUGACUUCGGCCAUAUCCUAUGCGGUCGCGAUCUAUCCGUACAUGGCUGAACAGGAAGACGAAUUUGACGUGGUCGUUGGCGAUACGUUCGUCAUCAUCUCGCGCGCCCGUGGCUGGUGGGUCGUCCAAAGGGAUCCAUCAGGCUCAGGGCAGGUCGACUCCGAUACGAGUAAACAAGGCUGGGUUCCGGCGGGUUGCCUUCUCGAAACGCGUAUUCCAGUCGCAACAGCCAUAGCCGAGGCGGCCGCCGCGGUAGGGUCAACGACGACAUCGUCAAGCCACCCGUCAUCGCCACUGAAUCCAACAAAGACACCCAUCCUGCCUCUCAACAUCGUGUCUACAAGUUUCCCGGGCUAUGCCUUGAUGGACUACAAGAAGAAAGGCGAGGAGGAGCUCGAUCUCGUAAAGGACGAUCAGCUCCGAGUGUUCAAGCGGUACAAUCAUUGGUCAUAUGCUGUCAAAGAGGACGGAGGAGAACGGGGCUGGGUUCCGUCAUGGUAUAUUGGCAAAGUGUCGUCAGCCAGUGCGAAUCCGAGCACGCCUGGCGUGUCAGGGAAUCCGAACAAUGGCCAGGCCAAUACGUCUGUCAAUUUGGAUGAUCAUUCGAAGUUCCUCACCGGAGAUCCUGUAACUGGUCAGCAGCCUUCGCCGAUGUCGUCGGCUUUCCCGCCCCAGGCAAGAGCGACGACUGUUGUCUAGCGGUCGAGCACUGGUGUUUAGCCGAGUGCGCUACCGGCUCGUUCCUUGUGUGUCUGCGGUAUCUUCACCCUUCGUUCAUUCUACUUGGCGCAAUCAUCAUCACAUACCCUCCCUUUGCGCUAGUAUCCAAUCUCCUUCGUUCUGUACUACCUACGCGCUUGCGGACGCCUUACGACUCUUUCCUCUUUGAAUUCUGAUGAUUGCGUCCAUUCCAUCUUCGUCUUUCGCCGUCUAUGUUGACGCGCACAUAUUUGUUCCCCUUCGUUUUCGUUGGCUUAUGGUUAUUCCUUCGAGCACGCUUCGCUUUCGUCUUGUACCUCAGUCUCGUCAUACAGUAUACAUAUCGUAUUCAUUCCGUAAACGGCUCCGCCGCCCUCCAACCAUUCUAUUACUUCUCCCGGUUUCUCGUCACAUAAUUUCAUCUCUGCGUGGGUUCAUCCGUUAUGUCCGGCCUUCUUGGCUGCUUUUGCUGCUUCCUCUUCCCUUCCCUCAUCUCCCUUCGUUCUUCACACUCUCAUCAAAGUUUUCACACGGCAAUCUCAUGUACACUAUUCUACAUAGCACUUCUCUUCUUGUUUGUUCCGUGUUUUCGGUGCCCUCCCC